CUGGUAUAUAAAGGUGUGUGGUUGCAUAGCAGACAUGCACAUCCCCUGCGAAGUAUGUUUUCGCUGGCCACGGUCUCCUUUUUGGUGCUCCUAAGCACAACUGGGCAUGCAUCUAUGUGCCCAGACAAUAACGGAAUGUCUGAUGAAGUAAGGCAGGCUUUCCUAGACAAACAUAACGCCUAUCGAACACUCGUUGCCAAAGGAGAAGCUCAAAACGGAAUUGGUGGUAAUGCACCGAAGGCAGCUAGGAUGCUGAAAAUGAAGUACGAUUGCGCUAUCGAGGAGAACACAAUGAAUUUCGCCAAGAAGUGCGUAUUCGCGCAUAAUUCAUAUGCUGACAGGAACUAUUGGGGACAGAACCUUUAUAUGUCAUCUGUGCUCAAACAAAAUAAGACAGUAGCAGCAGCCGAGGUGAGAAAAUCCAAAAUUUGCAGCAAUUCGGGAGAGAAGCUUUUUCUUCUGUUUCUAUUCAAGAGUGUCGAUCUUUGGUUCGAUGAACUAAAACAACAUGGCGUUCCUGAUGAUAACGUAAUGACCAUGGCAGUUUUCAACCGAGGCGUUGGUCAUUACACUCAGGUAAUAUGGAGAUCUGUGAAAGGUGAUGAUAGCUGA